AUGUCCGCUAAAGUUUUUAUACUCGCAUUUUUCAUCACAACUGUAUUAUCUCACGGGCCACCCAAAGAUCGCGAUAACGAGGACAUCACCAUGGGGCGGAAGAUGGGUGCAAAAUGGUGCAGCAUGGCGAAGGUGUGCAACCACGACCGCGUACCAAUCUGCGGACUGAAUCACGCGGGCGAGGUUAUGGGGUUCAGGGACCUGUGCGAUAUGUUCGAUUACAACUGCAUCCGGAGACGAAGUAAUGACAGAAACAUAUUCCUCAGUCGUGUAGUGUAGUACCGUGGUGUAUUAGAAGCAUAUCGGUUUUCAUACAUUUUGUGUGGUUAGAGAGAUUUGCGUUUUGCUAGAGAAAUAUUCUCUUUUAUGAAACAACACGCGACAGUAACAAAAACAACACUAACUAAAACUAAAAUGGUUUUGCACCUUAAGAUAGUCAUAUCUUUAGUUUAG